GUCCACUUAUAAAAGUCAAUGACGAGGACCGAGGUUGCGAUUUUUAGAAGAAUUCCAAUUUAUGUUAUAAUAACAAAGGGACUCUGUAAAACGUGAAAAGAAAAUUAUAAACAGACAGUAAACACUUAAAAUUUUGUUGGCCCUAAAAAUCUGGCCGUAAAUAAGUACCAAAAUGACGACAUUAUCGUUUGCUAAAAGUUUGGUUAGUCCAGCUUUUAAACUCCUACUGAAGCAAAACCAAAGUUCUAUUUUAUUGGGUAGUGCUGGACUACCUACUCUUUCGCCUAUAAGCAUAAUCUUGCGUAGAAACUAUGCUGAAAAACAAGUGUUUGAGCGUACCAAACCUCACUGCAAUGUUGGCACAAUUGGUCAUGUUGAUCAUGGCAAGACAACCUUAACUGCAGCCAUCACUAAAGUAUUAUCUGAUCUCAACUUGGCACAGAGUAAGGGUUAUGCAGACAUCGACAAUGCCCCAGAAGAGAAAGCUCGUGGUAUCACCAUCAAUGUUGCCCAUGUUGAAUACCAGACAGAAAACAGACAUUACGGACACACAGAUUGCCCUGGACACGCAGAUUAUAUUAAGAACAUGAUAACAGGUACAGCACAAAUGGAUGGUGCCAUCCUUGUGGUAGCAGCCACAGACGGUGUGAUGCCACAAACAAGAGAACAUUUGCUGCUCGCUAAACAGAUUGGCAUUCAACAUGUUGUGAUAUUUAUUAAUAAGGUGGAUGCUGCUGAUGCCGAGAUGGUCGAGCUCGUCGAGAUGGAGAUCCGUGAGCUGAUGACAGAGAUGGGCUAUGACGGCGACAAGGUUCCAGUUAUUAAAGGUUCAGCUUUAUGUGCUUUAGAAGGCAAAAGCCCGGAGAUUGGUGCUGAAGCAAUCAAUCAGCUACUAAAGGAGGUUGACAGCUUCAUCCCCACUCCGGUGCGUGAGCUGGACAAGCCCUUCUUAAUGCCAGUUGAAUCUGUACACACUAUUCCUGGACGCGGUACUGUCGUAACUGGUCGACUGUACAGAGGUGUGCUAAAGAAGGGAACAGAAUGUGAAAUCGUUGGGCACGGUAAGAUUAUGAAGACAACUGUUACCGGUGUUGAGAUGUUCCACAAGACUCUGGAGGAGGCUCAAGCUGGUGACCAACUUGGUGCCCUCGUAAGGUCCAUCAAGAGGGAGCAGAUCAAACGUGGAAUGGUCAUGGCGAAGCCCGGAACUGUGAAAGCGCACGACAGUAUUGAAGCGGCCGUUUACAUUCUAAGCAAAGAUGAGGGAGGCCGGUCCAAACCCUUCACGUCCUUCAUCCAACUCCAGAUGUUUUCUAUGACCUGGGACUGCGCUUCUCAAGUCAUUAUCCCUGACAAGGAGAUGGUUAUGCCUGGUGAAGAUGCUACGUUGCAUUUGAAACUCCUUAAACCUAUGGUCUGUGAGCCUGGACAGAGAUUCACGCUGCGACUGGGAGACAUGACUCUGGGUACAGGAGUCAUCACAAAAAUUAACAAGAACUUAACAGACGACGAAAGAUUGAAGCUGAUGGAAGGCAAGAAGGCCAGAGAAAAGGCGGCCGCAAAGAAGUGAAUGCAAUAAACUUACCUUAGGAUAGUAGUUACUAUUGUACGCAUUUAAUUAAUCGAAAUAAAAAAUUAAAAUGA